AGGCUCCAGUAUAUAAAUCAGGCAAAUUCCCCAUUUGAGCAUGAACCUCUGAAAACUGCCGGCAUCCGAGGUUUCCUCCAAGGCCCUCUGGAGUCCAGCCCAUAAUGAAGGUCUUGGCGGCAGGAGUUGUGCCCCUGCUGCUGAUUCUGCACUGGAAACACGGGGCAGGGAGCCCCCUCCCCAUCACCCCCGUCAACACCACCUGCACCACACGCCACCCAUGUCACAGCAACCUCAUGAACCAGAUCAGGAAUCAACUGGCACAGCUCAACAGCAGUGCCAACGCCCUCUUCAUUCUCUAUUACACAGCCCAGGGGGAGCCGUUCCCCAACAACUUGGACAAGUUGUGUGGUCCCAAUGUGACAGACUUCCCGCCCUUCCACCCUAAUGGCACAGAGAAGGCCAAGCUGGUGGAGUUAUAUCGAAUCAUCGCAUACAUGGGCUCCUCCCUGGGCAACAUCACCCGGGACCAGAAGAUACUUAAUCCCAAUGCCCUCAGCCUCCACAGCAAGCUCAACGCCACUGCGGAUGUCAUGCGGGGCCUCCUCAGCAAUGUGCAGUGCCGCCUAUGCAGCAAGUACCACGUGGCCCAUGUGGAUGUGACCUAUGGCCCUGACACCUCAGGCAAGGACGUCUUCCAGAAGAAGAAGCUGGGCUGUCAGCUGCUAGGGAAGUACAAGCAGGUCAUCGCAGUGGUGGCCCAGGCCUUCUAAGCGGGAUGUCUUGAAAUAUGCCGUGAACCAAGGGAUUUCGGGAGCGGGAUCCAGAUGUGGGGGGCUCUCAAA